CCUGUGAGCGUUAUGAGCGCAAUUCACUUUUUCUUAUAUAAACAAGUUCGAUCCGACGAUCGAGGGUAACGGUGAAAGCAGAAUGUCGGUGAACCCCCCCAGCAGUAACGAUGCCUGCCUCAGCAUCGUGCACAGCCUCAUGUGCCACAGACAGGGCGGCGAGAACGAGGGCUUCGCCAAGAGGGCUAUCGAGAGCCUCGUCAAGAAACUGAAGGAGAAGAAGGAUGAGCUGGACUCGCUCAUCACAGCCAUCACCACCAACGGCGUCCAUCCCAGCAAGUGUGUCACCAUCCAGAGGACGCUAGACGGAAGACUACAGGUGGCCGGGCGUAAAGGUUUCCCCCAUGUGAUCUAUGCUCGUCUAUGGCGCUGGCCAGAUCUUCAUAAAAAUGAGCUGAAGCAUGUAAAGUUCUGCCAGUAUGCCUUCGACCUCAAGUACGACAAUGUGUGUGUGAAUCCGUAUCACUAUGAGAGAGUCGUCUCUCCCGGCAUCGUUGGCCUCAGCCUACAGAACACAGCUCCCUCUGGAAGACUGAUCAAAGAGGAAUACACCCACGACUGCGUCCAGAUGGAUGUUCCUCCCGGUUUGCCCUCACAGUCAGACCACCAGGGGGCGAUGAAGCACCCUGGACCGGAGCAUUACCCACCACCCCUUCCACCUUUACAGAUGCCCCCUGAAGCAGCACGGUGCCCUCCGCCUGCCACCCUCUACCCCAACAUGCCCCUCUCCCCAACCACAUCUGGCUCGAUGAUGUCCAUGCAGGGCGGUCACAAUGAGGGUCUCCUGCAGAUCGCAUCCCCUCAGGCUCAGGUCAUGACCCCGACCCCUCCUCCAUCUACGCCCCCUCAGGUCCCGCCCACUCAGAACGGCUACAACAGCUCCAAACACACACAGGCACAGGGCUCGUUUCACACUACUUGGACGGGCAGCAGCACGGCCUCUUACACUCCUAUAGGACGCCAACAAAGCAGCCGCGCCCACCAGCCUCCUCUCCACCACCCCCACUACUGGUCUCAGCAUCACAGUUCGUCAUCAUUCCCUCCGCCAGUCUCCAACCAUCCAGGUCCAGAGUUCUGGUGCUCCAUCUCGUACUUUGAGAUGGAUGUUCAGGUUGGCGAAAUGUUUAAGGUGUUGUCCAGUUGUCCUGUGGUGACGGUGGAUGGUUACGUAGAUCCAUCAGGGGGAGAUCGUUUCUGCCUCGGGCAGCUCAGUAACGUUCACCGUACUGAGGCCAGUGAAAGGGCCAGGUUACACAUAGGUAAAGGCGUGCAGCUGGAGUGUCGAGGCGAGGGUGAUGUGUGGAUGCGAUGUCUGAGCGAUCACGCGGUUUUUGUUCAGAGCUACUACCUGGACAGAGAGGCGGGACGAGCGCCGGGGGAUGCCGUCCACAAAAUCUACCCAGGAGCCUACAUUAAGGUGUUUGAUCUGCGUCAGUGCCAUCGGCAGAUGCAGCAGCAGGCAGCCACGGCUCAGGCAGCAGCAGCGGCUCAGGCAGCCGCCGUGGCAGGGAACAUCCCGGGUCCAGGGAGCGUCGGGGGCAUCGCUCCUGCAAUUAGUCUGUCAGCAGCCGCAGGGAUCGGCGUGGACGACCUGCGCAGGUUAUGUAUCCUGCGUCUGAGCUUCGUGAAGGGCUGGGGACCCGAUUACCCGCGCCACAGCAUCACACACACACCCUGCUGGGUGGAGGUGCAUCUCCACCGUGCCCUGCAGCUCCUGGACGAGGUGCUACACACCAUGCCUCUGGCAGACCCUGGACCUUCUAACUGAGAGCAGGGAGAGAUAACUACAUACAGAAACACACACACACACACACACACACACAGUCGGAUAUACACUCACACAGACACACAUAAAAUCACCAUAUCCUACAUACACACUAAGCAGGCAUGGUUCAAGUCUGUGUUUCAGUACUGUUUUUAAUACGUUCUGGUUGGCUUUCCCUCAUACCUCAGAAAUGUCAAUAAUCUAUUGAUUGUUUCUGAAUAUCUACUUUUAACAUUUUUGAAAGUUAGAAACGUGAAGAUGAGGCUGUUUGGAAACGAGGAAAUAUAAACUGUAAGGCUUAUAAUAUAGCUAGCUAGCAUCGCUAAGUCUUCAAAAUAGACAGUUAUUUGUAAAGGAAAGAUGAAAUGACAAAGACAAUAGGACAAUUCAAUCAGGAAUACCAACAUUUACCUCAGAUAUGCUGGAAAAUUGCUAAAAAAAACACUGCGUUUGACUAAAAUUACACUUAUAUGAUAUUUAUCAUAAACAACAAAUGGGACUUUUAGUGAAACAUGUCAAUGUUGUGGUAAAAAACGUCAUGCGCUUGAUGUUACGUGUGAGAUGCCUAUCUAUAAAGCUAGCAUUCUGACUAGCUGCAAGUUAGCAUGCGGGUAGCUAGCAAGCUUGCUAACUUAGCAGAAUUAAUCUAAUUCUACACACAAUUUUAGCUGGAGUCCUUCUCAUGGCUACGCUCAGGUUAAAUCCAAAAAUAUAGAGGAUUCUUUAGCUUUAUUUCCUUUAGGAGAAUCCUUCAAAGGUCUAUUUAGAAAGGCAGAGGGCCAACUACAUACCCUUUAGAAAGCUAAGAACUGAAAACACUAUUUCAUUUGGAAUAAAAUGGAAAUGGUCAAAAAUGGCCGGCGGUAGGAGGGCAAGUCACUGAGGGUGUGUUAAGGACAGUACUGUGACGUAGCCUUAGUUGUUUAUCCUUUGUCAGAUUUAUCCAAAUGCAAUCUAUGGAGUUGUUCCA